AUGCGCCCGUCGCUAGCAACUCGUCUUGUGCGCACUCCUACUCGCCAUGCUGCUGUCGCCGCCACGGUAACCGCUGCUCCUUCAGCCGCCGCUCUUUGUUACACCCGGCUUGAUACCCACCAAGUCGCUGUCGCUCCCAUAUCGUCCAAGUCUGUCCUGAGCCAUGUCUGGUUCAGCAGCUCGGCUCCCUACCUUUCCGAGAGUGGUCCUGAGGGCGAUCACAAGCCACCGGAUGAACGCACUUUGAAGCUAGGCAAAAGUAUCUNNGUCCGGAUCCUACAUGAACGUCUGCCCACCCUACUUGCGUCGCCGCUGCCACAAGACAUACUCUCGCCGCAAAUAUCACUCCACCUGUUCCCCUCGACACAUCCACAUCUCCCUACCGUCUCUGGAAGAAUCGCCUACCUCGCUGCCCUGUGGACGGCGCCUGUAGCUUGGGGACGAGUGCCUGUAGUGGGCAAUGUCAAACUCACCGUCAUCUCUGAGCGUAUGAUUCGACAUGGCGGCAACACUGCAAGCUCGGCGUUCCGUGACGAGAAGCUCAUAGUCAAAUGGAAGACAUGUGGGAAGGCUAGGAAGAAGAAUUCGGCUGGCAUCUACCGUGGUAUCGGUGCCAACGAGCAAGUGGAGAGAAUCACAGAUGUGCUCGGCGGCAAGGCAAGAGACGACGAGGAGUUCUGCGGUCUCUUCAUCUUUGAGUUUGACGAACAAGGUCGAAUCGUCAAACACACGAUUGAACACGCCGACGAAGGAUCUGGAUCAGAACGCACCAACAGAGUGGUCAGCGUGACAGACUGGCUGCUGGGCAAGGUCAGUGGACACAGAGAAGAACAUGUUCCUAGCCUUGCGUGGUGCAAGAACAACCAAAUCAGAAGGGGAUUCCAGGGUCGUCGCAAGGGAGACUAG